GGAGGGUCGUCAGACGCACGCAGAUGCACGGCUUUCUGCACUGCCUUUCCAUCCAGCACAAACUACAAGCUUUUUUUAAACGCACACUGUGUAACAAAGAGCCUUUUUGAACACAUUUGGACCUUCUUCAAUAACCAGCCUCGUGCCAUCACCGUGCGCAACUGGAGGGGAGCGUCGCGGAGCGGAGCGGCUUCCCCACCUUCACAAAGUACCUCUGUGUUAUAUGAACUGUUUCACGACUGGGAUUGAGCGGACUGGAGUGAUUAAACUGCAGAAAGCCUUUUUUGAAUGUGUGAAGUGCGCUGAUAUCCCUGAGCACUCAUCGCGUGACGCUUUUCUGUGUUUGUGUUUCGGGGCGACAGGAUCGUUCGAGGCGACCCAAAGUUCCGCAGGCGCAGUUCUCCUCCUCCACAGCGGUGCGGGAGUCCGGCUCGGCUGUUGCCGUGGCACUUGCCAGUAGACAGAUAGCAUCGGCGGUAGGAGGGGAUACAGAGACUCCUGCAGGCUAAUUGUAGCAGCCUGCGUUCGCAGGUGUAUCACUGAUCCGCCUGUGAGGGACUGGGGGGCUUCAUCCUGACCGAGCCGCUCUCAGACGUGUGAGUAACAGGAAGAAUAAAAAAAAAAACCUGAGAGAAUGUUGCACCAAGUACAAUGAGCGCAAAUUUGUCGCAGACACCCAAAUCCAUAUAUGCUCCGUCGAAUUCAGUUUUGAUGAGCAAUUCUGAGUCGUCUUUGGAAUUUUAAAAAGUGGAUCCCGCGACUUUACAACAAUGCGAAAUACUUGGCUGUCUCCCCGGAGUGCGAUUUGGGAAUACUGGACAUCGCUGAUUGCAUGUCUCUUUUGGAUUCACUACUCUAACGGGAUGCCUCAUGUUAUUCGAAUAGGUGGGAUUUUCGAACAAACAGAUGGACCUGUUUCACUUGUUAGCGCAGAGGAGCUUGCCUUUAAAUUUGCUGUCAAUAACAUUAACAGAAACAGGACUUUGUUGCCAAACACAACACUCACAUAUGACAUACAGAGGAUUAAUAUCUACGACAGUUUUGAGGCAUCAAGAAAAGCUUGUGACCAGCUGUCUUUAGGUGUGGUUGCAAUAUUUGGGCCCUCGCAUAGCUCGUCAUCAAAUGCUGUGCAGUCCAUUUGCAAUGCACUGGAAGUGCCGCAUAUCCAGGUGCGGUGGAAACAUCAUCCCAUGGACAACAGGGACACCUUUUAUGCCAAUUUAUACCCGGAUUACUCUUCGCUAAGCUAUGCUAUCCUGGACCUGGUGCAGUUUCUCAAAUGGAAAACAGCCACUGUUGUGUACGAUGACAGCACAGGUCUUAUAAGACUACAGGAGCUGAUAAUGGCCCCGUCCAGGUACAACAUUAGGCUAAAGAUCCGUCAGCUUCCUCUCGACACGCAGGACACAAGACCCCUUCUCAAAGAAAUGAAACGAAGCCGAGAGUUUCGCAUCAUCUUCGACUGCAGUCACCACAUGGCUGCGCAGAUUCUCAAACAGGCCCAGACCAUGGGGAUGAUGACAGAGUAUUACCACUAUAUCUUCACCACUCUGGACCUGAUGGCCAUUGACCUGGAGCCGUAUCGCUUCUGCGGUGUCAACAUGACCGGCUUCCGUAUCCUUAAUGUGGAUAAUCCCCAGGUUGCAUCCAUUGUGGAGAAAUGGUCGAUGGAAAGGCAGAUACCGCCGAAACCCGACUCGGGCUUGCUGGAGGGCAUCAUGACGACAGAUGCGGCUCUGACCUAUGAUGCAGUCCACAUUGUGUCCGUCUCGUACCAGCACGCUCCGCAGAUGACGGUAAACUCGCUGCAGUGCCACCGCCACAAACCCUGGAGAUUCGGAGGGCGCUUCAUGAGCUUCAUCAAAGAGUCCCACUGGGAUGGUUUGACGGGGAGGCUGUCGUUCAACAAGACAAGCGGUCUACGCACAGACUUCGACCUGGACAUCAUCAGUCUGAAGGAGGACGGACUCGAAAAGGUGGGGAAGUGGAGUGCGUCGGGAGGUCUUAACAUCACAGAAGUGCCGAAGCGAAAAGGGAUGAACAUCACUGACUCCCUGGCUAACCGCUCCCUCGUCGUCACCACCAUCCUGGAGGAGCCAUACGUCAUGCUUAAGAAGUCUGACAAGGCGCUGGUUGGGAACGACCGUUUCGAAGGAUUCUGCAUCGACUUGCUCAAAGAGCUGGCCAGCGUCCUGGGCUUCACAUACGAGAUCCGCCUGGUGCCUGAUGGGAGAUACGGCUCUCAGGAUGACAAGGGCCAGUGGAACGGCAUGAUCAGGGAACUUAUAGAGCAUAGGGCAGACCUGGCAGUGGCUCCUCUCACCAUCACAUACAUGCGUGAAAAGGUCAUCGACUUCACCAAGCCCUUCAUGAGCAUGGGCAUCAGCAUCCUGUAUCGCAAACCCAACGCCACCAACAACGGCUUCUUUUCCUUCCUGAACCCCAUGACUCCUGACAUCUGGGUCUACAUCCUCUUGGCCUACCUGGGUGUUAGCUGCGUCCUGUUUGUCAUUGCCAGGUUCAGCCCAUACGAAUGGUACGACGCUCAUCCUUGUAACCCCGGAUCAGACGUGGUGGAGAACAAUUUCACCCUCCUCAACAGCUUCUGGUUUGGAGUCGGUUCCUUAAUGCAACAAGGCUCAGAACUGAUGCCCAAAGCGCUGUCGACGAGGAUCAUCGGUGGGAUCUGGUGGUUCUUCACGCUGAUCAUCAUAUCAUCCUACACAGCUAAUUUAGCAGCUUUCCUCACUGUAGAGAGGAUGGACUCGCCUGUGGACUCGGCCGAUGACAUCGCUAAGCAGACCAAGAUUGAGUAUGGUGUGGUCAAAGACGGUGCAACCAUGACUUUCUUUAAGAAAUCUAAGGUUUCUACUUUUGAGAAGAUGUGGGCCUUUAUGAGCAGCAAGCCGAGCACAUCACUGGUGAAGUCUAUCGAGGAUGGGAUUCAGAGGGUGCUGAAGUCAGACUAUGCCCUCAUUAUGGAGUCCACAACUAUCGAUUACAUUACUAGGAGGAACUGUAACCUGACACAGGUGGGAGGGAUCAUCGACAGCAAAGGCUACGGCAUCGGCACUCCCCUCGGCUCCCCGUACAGGGACAAAAUCAGCAUAGCAAUCCUAAGCAUCUUGGAGGAUGGGCGCCUACACAUGCUGAAGGAGAAGUGGUGGAGUGGGAGCAGCUGCUUGGAUGAAGAGCGUCACGAGACAGGCCCCAUGGGUAUCCAGAACCUGGGUGGUAUAUUCAUUGUGCUGGCAUCUGGCCUAGUGCUGUCUGUUUUUGUGGCGAUUGCUGAAUUCAUCUACAAGCUAAGGAAGACUGCAGAACGCGAGCAGGUCUUUGUGCAGUGCCAUGGUGGACGAGAUCAGACUGUCGUUCACCUGCGAGAGGCGGGUGAAACACAAGCCUCAGCCUCCAGUCAUGGUGAAGACGGAUGCAGUGAUCAACAUGCACGCCUACAACGACCGACGACUCCCAGGAAAGGACAACAUGAGCUGCAGCACUGGGAUGACUCCCGUGUUCCCGUGACAAUGUGCUCCCCCCAGGGCAAGAACCUCCUGAGCAACGUGUCGGGGGUGAUGCCAGAGACUAGAGACAAUGGCAUAGACGGGAUCACCAGAUUUACCAUUAACCACAGUGACAUGGGGACACUAACAAAACAUGGGCAACUGAAAAUGGCAGCAUCAGCCACACAGGUAUGACAAUAUUCACCACUGUAUUCCAAACCACAAGAGGUCAAAGUAAUAUUUGGGGGAGGUUCUGAGAAAACAGUAUACCCAAAUAAUCCGUUUUGAAGUCUGAUGUUUACGUGCGCAACACAAAAACACAAGAAAAUACACGUCGUUCAAGGAAUCCUCAAUCAGUGAAAAGACUGAGAAUUUUAUUGGAAAAUAUGGACUGAAGCAAGAAGAAAGGCUUUGUAAGAAUGGCAAUAAAUGGCAGAUAUACACGACGGCCAAGGAAGAGCAGUUUUCAUUAGUUCAUCAGUUUUGCCACGCACUGAAAUUAUGAUAUCAAGUUCUUACCUUUAUCCUGUUAAUUCACACAAACUCCCGAAUGGCCUUUGACGGCAGAAAAUAAUGUUACCUCAAACAUGUGGUCUAGGCUCGAAUGGUUAUCUCUGAGUCAUGAGCUGCGGGAUAUGAGAUCUUUUGAAAGCAUGGUUCACAGGUACACACGCUAACCUGUGAGAAGACUCAGAUUCAGUUUCUGCAGUACUGAUGUUGGUGGAAACCCAUAGAGACACAACUGUUCACCAGUUGAUAUAUGUUUGUUGAACUUGUCAUGUGAAAUUAAGUAUACUGUCACACACAAGCAAUUAAUCAUUAAUGCAAAGAUUGAUUUGAGCUGAAGUACAUUUUAUGUCAACAGGAUUUUUUACAUGAUUCAAUUUUAAUCAGUUAAAAUAUUGAUUGCCAAAGACUUGACCAUUCAACACUAGAUACAGAACAGUACAAGCCAGUUCCUGCGCAAUGCUAAGUAGAUUGCGGUAGUUCAAGUGAUACUACAAAGGGAUCUUGCUAUAACAGUUUUUCCAACCUAGCAGCGUAACAUGUAUCCAAGGUAAAUUGGAAUUGUCAGUGUCGUGACUGUAUUUGCUGAUUUUGGAAACCACCUCACCUCAAAGUAUCAACACUGUAAUGUAAAACAAUCAUUGAGUAAGAACGAGGAAUAAAACUGAUGGAUGUCCUCAUACAACAUUGCUCUAGUUUCAUUGUUUAGUUUCCAAAAAGAUAAUCACAAAAAUACUGAGCAAUUAUAUGAACAAAUUCCAGACGCCUGUGCUCACCUUUGAUGAAAUGGUAGCAUGUCUGCACUUAUUUGUAUAUAGAAUAUACCGAUAUGUACAGACUGGGUUGGACGGCAUUGGAUCAGGUAUUUUUAUCUUUGUUUAAUACAGAAUUGUAAGUCACAGAGACAAAAGGUAAGAGACUGUGACCUUAAAACUAAAGUGCAUUUGUUGAGUGCAUUUAAUAGUGACAUAUCCAUCAAACUACGUGCUGGACCGCUGAAUGUCCCGAGUACUUCUGAACACAUUUUUUGAACAGUUGCUUCAUUUUUUCAGGUGUGAUCUCGAGGCUUUUUUGCUGGAAAUCUGGUUGUUUUGCAUUAUGAGCGUUAUGAAAACUGAGCGAGGGUUUGGUUUUAAAUGUGAACAGAUUUUGAAGGUUAUCUCAGACUUGAAAGUCACAAGCGUUUUCUGUUUAAUUACCUGGUGUGGACAGAGUAAAUCCAUAUGUGUUAUGUGUGAACAUGCUGAGAGAUAAAGUGGUGAGUAGACAAAAGACAGAUGAUAAUUUUGUGUGGUCAUGUUGACUUUAAUGCCAAUGGAGUAAGUGUAUAUCUUCAGCAAACGUCAUGCCGUAGGAAGAUUCGAGGAGUCUUUGGGCUGCUGUCACCCGGGAGCCAAACGAACAACAAACCUCUGUGAGGUUUACGAUGUCGUUAUGUCAAGAUAAAAAAAAAAUUAAAAAAAUGUGACUAUCUAUGAUUCAAGAGAACUCCAAUCUGUAAAAUUUAGCAUUGGUUUGGUAGAGAUUCACUGUAUAAUUGUCUAUCGAUUCCCUUCUGCAAAGUAGAGUAUGUAGAUAAGAUCAGCAGGAGAAAAUGUAUUUUGCUAAAUUUAUACUGUUAUAAAUGAAUUCUGUUCACAGUCAACUAUGUUAUAGAUGCUAUUUAUUUCAUUAGAGAGGUCACUUUAACCUACUUCCUCACUUUACCCCAGUUCCACAGCCGCAAACCUUCUUUAUUUAUUUAAUGGAAAUGCAUUAUAUUAUGGUAUAUUGGAUUACUAUCAUCCAGAUGGGAAACUGUAUGUAAAUCUUCUUUUAUGAUGGCUGAUAUAUUUCUAUAAGGUGAACAGGAAAUGGAAAUGUUGAGCUUCCCCAAGAAUUCAGGGGACACUCCAGGGAGAACAGGGGUUUAUCUUAUGUCACUGGACCUUUACUGCUCUUGAAAUCCCGAUUAGGACCUGAUCUGAAGUAUGGCUGCGGCUGAUGCGUGGUUAUACGAUGUUACUGUUAACCCUCAUGUGUACUGUAGCUUCCCAUGCAGGUGAUUCAAAGACUCAAGUUUGCUUGUAUUUCACCUCUGUAAUAUGUGAAAAUAAUUGAAAAUUUCAUCAUAAUCAAAAUUAGUUGGAAUUACAACAGGGUUUCUGAUUUGGCUGAUUCAGUCAGUUUGGUUACUGAAUAUAUACAUCUUUUUUAUAAAUUAAUGUGAAUAAUAAUGUCAUUUUACACAAAAUUGUAUGACAUGUGAGAGAAAAGUAAUGCAAAAUGUAAGCUACAUAACCUGUGUUCCAUUAGCAGUGUGUGAUAUGAGUUUUGAUUUUCCAGCAGUCACAACGGUAUGCCUUUUUAUGUAUACCUUUCUUUUGAGUUGCACAGCUUCUAUCAUUUGGCAGAAAACCUCUCGAACAAUACGAUGAAUAUGUUGGUGCCAACCAGGGUUUUCUUUGUGGACAUGCAGAAUUUCUAUGAAUAUAGUUUUUGUAAGGUUUUGUAAAAAAAAAGGGAAAAAAAAACACGAUUUGUUUUCCUAGUAACUGUAU